UGUUGAGGUUUUAAUUAAAAAAGAUUAUUGAGUAAUCUUAUCGUAUAAUUUUGACAUCGUUUAAAUUUAAAUCCACCAUCUAUCAAUAAAUUAAAGAAUUACAAUUUGUCAUUAUUGUCACUAAAAAUUUCAGCAAAAAAAAAUUCAAUGAGUAUGCCCCAUAAGAAAUCGUUAAGAAGGGAAUUGCGUGAUAUCAAAGACAGUUACUUACAAUAUGUAAUUAAAGAUCGUUUUAGUACAACCUCAUCUAAAUCAUCUAAAAACACUCAAACAGGAUUGGCCGAAAUGAUUGAAGCUUAUAAAAAAUUAAAGCACGAAUUAACAAAGGAACGAUUAAAAAAUUUAUCAUUACCAACAAAUCAGAAUCAAAAAUACAAGCGACCGAUCACUCCAAAAUAUAGCGUAAAUGAAGCUGCUUUAAAUUACGAUGCUACAAAAAGAAUCAUAGAAAUGUCAAAACCAAAAAGGAAAUACUUAAUGAAAGAGGAGGAGAUCGUUCCGGGUUCCGUAAAGCUGGGAGCUUUGGAGCAUCAAACAACUGAAAAAGAGUACGAAUUAUCCGCUCCGCGUACAUGGAAGUUUCCUUGGAACCAUUCUACUGAUAAGGAUCAACCGUUUUCCACAUCAAAAGCAGCAAUGAGAUACACUCCAUCGCGUAGGAUUUGCGAAUUGGCGAAACCACCUGAAAGAAAGAUGCUGUACAAAAAGUAUGGAAUGGUUCUACUACCUAAACUUCAACUUGUAAUAAAAAAGUUUUAA